AUGGCGCGCAGAUGUCGGAGGAUGGUGCUUCUGGCGUUCUUGACCCAUGUGAGCCUAGAGCUCUGCGGUUUUGUUGGCUCUUGGACCGCCAAAAGUCACAGCGAGAAAGCACAGCCAACGAGCGUGGGGGUCCAUGCGGUUGACCCAGCCGCAGCCGCAGCGUUGGGUGCUGCGUCAUCUGCAAUAAGCGGUUUUGAUUUCGUGGGUAAGCGGAAGGCAUGGUUUGAGACACAAUUUGCCGAAGUCCCACUGCUGGCAAGUAUGUCGCCAGAAGUCAAAGAUCAUGCCGAGAGAUUGCUGAACGUGAUGCGGUCACAGCAAACCAUCAUCCCGCAAGUAGUAGAACUACCUGAACAGACAGUCGAAGGUACUGGCUUCCAGCGGUUGAUGAUAACAGUGUUGAACGACAACCGAACAGGUGGUCUCUCUGCUGUGCAUGCCGAGCCGGGGGUCGGCAAGUCUGUCGCCGCAGCACUGGCACUUCGGAAUUGCACACAGAAGUCUGCAGUUACGGUGUUCCUACAGCGAGAUUUCCAGAAGAACCUCAAGGACUUCUUCCGCGUUGAAGAUGUUGCAGAUGCUGUGGAUGUGGCUGGGGAGCUGUUUCGUAUCCUGAAACAGCACGGCAUUCGUUUACAGAUGGUCUUUGACAACACCUUUGAUAUCGGACUGGGGGGACAAGAGACAGACCUCUUGACUCUCACCAGAGCUGCUCAUGAAUAUGACCACCACCUGAUUGCCGUCACACAAAGUGAGGAAGCUGCUAACAAGGUAGCCUAUCUCAACGGAGCACGCACCCGUCUCCUAGAGCAGCGAAAGGCGCCUUCUUACAGAUGGUCAAAAGGAGAGGCAGAGGAGUACUUGAAGGAGUACUUGAAGGCUGAAAAUGCGGAGAGGGUUCUGAACAUGACCCAAGUGCCUGAUGAAGUUGGCGGGUGGAAACCGGUGGACAUCAAGGAGUAUUUGAAGACAGGUCGAAGACCAGAAGCACCACAACAGGGACAAGGUGGCAGAAGCACAGCGAAUUCAGCAGUCUGGGUCAGGCAACUCCAGAAGGACUGCCAUGUCAAUAAAGGUAGGGUGGUGUUUCAUUACUUCUCCCACUUGCUUUGUGUUAAAGGCAGUUUGUUCAGAAACUGUAUUAUUUUUCGGCCAUGCUUGGGAAGAAUGCCAUAG